AUUAUUUGUGGUGCUGUGACGGUGUUGUACCAAAGUUUCGGCAUUGGUCGACAAUGACGCCAAUUAGUGGGAGGAGGCCCUGGCCCGCUCCCCUCGCUUUCAGAAACAUUUCCGAUGAAUCCAAAUUACUAGAACGACAACAUUACGACCAAACGAAUCCAAUCCUUCAUUCUAGUAGUCGGUUGCGGUACAACCUACGCAAACAUUUUAAUCUUCUGGCACCUCUGAGAUAGAAGUAGAAAAUAAAUUAUUUUCCAAAGCAAUUAUGUCGGUCCAGAGCAUGCUGUCAGCUUCCACGACGCAGUAUGCGUUCCACAGUACUCCUGCCCCGCUAACCGCAGGAAUCCCUGAUCCUGCAACGGUGCAGACACAAAAAGAAGCAUAUUUGAACAUGCUCGAGCAGCAAAUGAAACAGGGAGUCACUGCAUUGGACGCCCAGCUCAAGCACCAAAAGGAGUAUCUCGCAGCGCAGGCAGAACAGCAGAAGAAACAGUAUUUUUUCUUUUGCUGUUGUAUUUUGGGAUACGAUAGGCUCUUGUAUAGAUACUGAAAACCGCGCUUGAGCUGGAGGCAAGGAAAAAAAGAGUGGAAAAAGAUAUAAGAAGUUGUGACACCAAAUCACUGUGACUGUGAGGACGCAACGGCAAGAGAGCGGCGCCUCAACGGAAGUCGAUAUUAAGGGUUUAUGUCUAACGGACCAAAAUGUGUUUUGUAUGGAGGUUGAGUAAAAAGUCUUCCAUCCCUGCUCUCGUUUUUGGUAACUUAUGUUUGAUGUCUAUGUCCUCUUGCUAAUCUCUCCAGUCAUCCUUUUUCCCAACACCUGCUAGAUUCGCGAUGCAAGUGGAUCUGGAAACCAACCAGCAGCAGAUGGCACUUCAACAACAGUACCAGGAACAGAAGAUGACGCUGCAAAAUCAAGCGGGAACACAAAAAUCGCAGCUCGAGCAACAGAGCAUGCAACUCAUACUCGACUACUUACGAAGCGCAAACAAUGCCUGUGGUAGUCGUAGUUCCUUAUGCCGAAAACGGCAUGUUUGUAUUUCUGAUGUUAAGGAGGUAUUUAUGAUAUGAAUGCUUCGGAAGAAAAUAUGCGACAAAGGAAAGCAUGAUAUAUCUACAAUGAAGGAACAGUAACAGACGUAGUAGAAGUGGAGCAGCGAUGAAUAAUUUUGCCAUUGAAACAUAAAUCUGAAUCUGGCAACUACAAGUAGGACUGCGUUGCUGCAGCGAGCAAAUGUCGUAACGACUUCCAAACAGAGAAGCACUUUCAGCAGUUUACAUUUUCAUUUUCUGCCGUACAGGUCAUUUGUAAUUGCAUAGUCCACUCAGAAGAAAGCCGAGGAGGAAAUGCAGAAGCAGCAAUACGACAUGGAGAGACAGCAACAGGAGGUACCAGCUUAAUAUUUCCAAAGCUCCUCACGCGCUUUACUUAUCUAUGUGCGGUGGUGAUCAUCUCACUGCUCCUGUAAAUUUCUGCUUACCAGGCACAAGUGAAUGCGGCAAGCCAUAGAAAGAACAACAGGGACAGAAACAGGCCGUUAGUGAAUAUGAUUUUCUAAAAUUUAAGUACGCACCACAUGAUCUUGAUCAUCUUGUUUGACUGGAACUAGAUACAACAGUCGCUUCAUGAUCAUGGGAUGUUCAUGCUGUCCAACUCCAAAAACAGAUGCAGAUGCGGUUGCAGUCUGAAAUGGCAAGGUUGCAAACGAGCUCUCAGUUCUCCUCUGGUAUGCAGCCACCCAACAUUCUCGCGACCUACAGUGGCACCGCUCCUACACUGCAACACCCUGCCGCAUCAGUGUCGGGCUGAAAUUCAAAUUGAGCGAAAGUCGUGCUUUUGGUUGUAGAUUAAAUAUGUAGCUGUGCCUUUCACUCUCUCUCUCUCUCUCUCUCUCACAAAAGUUUCCCGCUUCGAUGAAAACGAUAACGCACGUUCUUUGAGCUUCUUCAUCUCAGGAGGUAUGGCAUUUUCUUUCCCGUGGCGUGUUGCCAUUUUGCCGCUCGCCGCGCACCAAAAGUUACUCAACCUUCCAAGAAGAUUGACCAUGAUUCACAAACAAGGACCUCCUUUUCUCUUUUUGCCAUUUUUGGCCAAGAAACAUAGUACUGGAUACAACGACACACGUCAUCAAACAUCUUCAGUGCCAAUUUAUCAUGUGCGAUCUGUAGUAUUGUUCGUACUCCUUUUGAAGCUGUAACGUCAAGAAUUUCAUCAGACUUUACGCCCGCCCCGCAGGCGCGCUUUUCUUAUUUUCCAACAGGGAUCAACACGCGGAGGAUAAGUGUCAUAGGUGAUGUCAGGAUCCAACCUUGAGUCAUGUGCUCAGCUCAUGGAUAUGAGGCACGUUGUCGCUCUCUCGUCACUCAGCACGUGAACCACAAGAUGUGACGACAGCUUGUUCUACGAGCAAUGGCAUCAACAUGAUCGUUUACGUUUUGUUCCUGGCCUAUCGCUGCCAGUGGGCCAAGUUUAUAAUACUUUGAGGAAAAA